UGCAAAUAUACACUCACUGGCCACUGUUCUAUUGCACCUGUACAAAUAGCUAAUCAGCCAAUCAUCUUGCAGCAACUCGAUGCAUUUAGGUAUGUAGACGUGGUCAAGACAACAUGCUGUAUGCCAUUAGCAUAGGGAUGGAAGAGGAUUUCAGUGACUUGGAACAUGGCAUGUUUGUUGUGGAAGGUUGUGGAAUGAGUAUUUCAGAAACCACUGAUCUACUGGGAUUUACAGAGAAUGGUCCGAAAAAGAGAAGCUAGCCUGGGAGCAGCGGUUGUGUGGACGAAAAUACCUUGUUGAUGUCAGAGGAGAAUGGGCAGACUAGAAGAACGUUGCCUCGUCUGAUGAGACUCGAUUCCAGCUGCGACUUUCAGAUGUCAGGGGUCGAGUCUAUAAUGCCAUGGACUGCUCAUCACUUUGUCAGGAUUAGAAAAAGAUUGGUUUAUUAAACUUGCUGCAAUGCCAAACUACAAAGAAUCUCAGGGGAGGGAUGAUGUUCGCCCCCUCUCCGCCUUCACCGAUACCCUUAUUGCAAAGAGAUAUGUGAUCCAGAAACGGCUCGGCAGAGGAAGUUUUGGAACAGUUUAUCUUGUGUUGGACAAGAAAGCAAAAGAGGAAGAACAACAAAAAGUCCUAAAGGAAAUAGCUGUCGGGGAGCUGAACCCAAAUGAAACUGUUGAAGCUAACUUGGAAGCACAGCUGCUGUCAAAGCUAGAUCACCCAGCUAUCGUCAAGUUUCACUCUAGCUUCCUAGAGAAUGCUAGCUUCUGCAUUGUCACAGAAUACUGUGAGGGCAGUGACCUUGACUGUAAAAUACAGGAAAUCAAGAAUAGUGGAGGAAUAAUCCCUGAAGAUGAAGUGACUGAAUGGUUUAUCCAACUACUUCUUGGGGUCCAGUACAUGCAUGAGAGGAGGAUACUUCACAGAGAUUUAAAAGCAAAGAAUAUAUUUUUGAAAAGCAAUCUUCUUAAAAUUGGGGAUUUUGGGGUUUCACGUCUUUUGAUGGGCUCCUGUGACCUGGCAACAACAUUUACUGGGACACCAUACUAUAUGAGUCCUGAAGCCUUAAAGCACCAGGGAUAUAACUCAAAGUCAGACAUUUGGUCUUUGGGCUGCAUUCUUCACGAAAUGUGCUGCUUGGAACACGCUUUUACAGGUUACAGUUUCUUAGCUGUUGUUUUGAAAAUUGUGGAAAGUCCAACACCCUCUUUACCUGACAGUUACUCUAGUGACCUUAAUUUACUACAGAACAGGAUGCUAAGCAAAGAUCCUUUACAUCGCCCAGGAGCUGGAGAAAUACUUCAACUUCCAUUUAUAGCAGAACAGCUGCAGAAGGUAAAAUUAAAGCUCUACGGUUCAGAUCUACAAGAAGAAAAAACAAUAAUCUGCCAAAAAGAAGCUGUCCAAAUUAGAAACGCUGUUCAGAGAAAGUUCCAUCUUCAGACUCUUCGAGAACUUUCUGAAGUGCAGAAAAUGACCCCAAGAGAAAGAAUGAGGCUAAGAAAGCUGAAUGCUGCAGACGAGAAAGCAAGAAGACUAAAACAACUUGCUGAAGAAAAAUACAAAGAAAAUCAAAAACGAAUGCAGGAACUGAGAUCUCGAAAUUUUCAAAGGCUUAGCAUCGAUGUCCUCCAUGAAGAUGAUGAAGCCCCAAAACAUCUUAUACAGUCAGAGCCAGUGAGUGCAAGAAAAUACAACUCUUAUGGUGAUGAAAGUAAUACAAUACCUGAUAGACUUUGUGAAUCAGAACCUUCCUGUCGUGAUAUUCCAGAAGAUCCACAAGUAGCAGAAGAAUAUUACGAGGAUGGCUUUGAAUCUUGUUCAGAAGAGAGUGAUGUAGAUUCCAUAGAAGAAGACUAUGAUGAAGAGACAUUGAUAACUCAAACAACAUUUCAACAGGAUACUGAUGUAAAGGAUAUGAUGCUUCAUCUGCAAAAAGUCCUGGCUUCCAGUUGCUUGGAUACUGAGACUGCCACCAAAUUGUCUCCAUCAAUUCCCAGACCAUCAAGUGAUAUCAACGACACUAUGGCACAGACAAAGCUGAAGCGCAUGAGAGAGUCCGCUAUACAAAGUAUGGGAGCAGAAUCUUUCGAAAAGGUUUAUACUUACCUCAAAACGGCACGGCAGAGCAAUACCAGAGAAAAAGAGGUGAAGAGGCAUCUGGAGACUCUUGUUUCCAGGGCUAGUGAGUGUUUUCUGGUGGACCAACUGCUGUACUUUGAAGAAGAGCUCUCGGCAGCCUCAUUAAGACAAGUCACAUCCUGAUAUUGAGAUUCCUCGGAGGAGUAAAGUCAUCCACAGGCAUGUGUUACUAGAUGAUCCUGCUCAACGUGCUACAGAUUGUACAGCUGCAUGCCCUAUGCUGCCAGAUAUUAUUCCAUUCACAAAAGAAUUCAGAAGACAGAUAUUUGAAUUUCUGAUGUAUUGCUUUGGUUUAUUGGAUACAACAGUAUUACAUAGCAUUACAGUUAAACUGUAUGAUAUUGUAUGAAAUUGUAUGAUCAUGGGGACCUGUUAUUUGUGAGGUGAAACUACUACUAGUCCUCUCCAGAAUCCAAAAGUCAGUCUUUGAUCGACCAGACUUUCAUGGGUAUUCAAAUAGGUAGAGAAGGAUAAGCAGUUGCCUGAUACCUCUGAUAAUGCUUAAAGGGAUACUCCACCCCUAGGCAUCUUGUCCCCUAAGGAUAAGGGGAUAAGAUGUCUGAUCACGGCCCCGCCCCCUCAAUGCAAGUUUAUGGGAGGGGGCAUGAUGGCCGUCACGCCCCCUCCCAUAGACAUACAUUGAGGGGGCAUGGCUGUGACAUCACGAGCGGGGCCCGGCCGUGACGCCACGCAUCGCCAGUCAUCCGGCACGGAGUGAAGUCCGCUCCGUGCACCGGAUGUCUUGGGUGCCCCACCACUUUUAUGAAGAGAAAGGCAUACACACCAGGAAGAUCUCCCACCAUAUAUGCCAAUAGAUUUUUGCAGGGCUUUUUAAAUUGAAAAGUACAAUUGAUUAUACUUUUUAAUACAUAGUAUAGACCUGACAAAUACCGCCUGAACAUGAGAAAAAAGGAUACACUUUUGGCUUAUUGGGCUUAUGUUGGUAAUAAGCUAUAAACACAUCUGGCAUAUGCAUGCUUUGAGCAUUUCCUGUCAGAGGAGAACAUGUACAGUGGUCCCUCAACAUACGAUGGUAAUUCGUUCCAAACGAGCCAUCAUUUGUUGAAUCCAUCGUAUGUUGAGUGAUUCGUGCAAUGUAAAGUAUAGGAAGCUGUACUCACCUGUCCCCGCCGCUCAUGAUGGUGUCCCCGGGCCUCCGCUGGGCUCUCCGCAGUCUUUUCCAGUCCUCUGCUGUCUUCUCCGGUCCUCUGCUGUCUUCUCCGGUCCUCUGCUUUCUUCCACAAGGCCUUACUGGGCCUGCGUAGCGACGUCAUUACGCCGCUGCGUACGCCAUUCCUAUUGGAUGACGUGCGCAGCAGCGCAUUGACGUAAUUGGAGAGGGCCGAGAAGACACCGGAAGACCAGCGCUGGACCCGGUGGGCACCCCGGAGCAUCGUGGAGGGGUAAGUAAUACUUACCGCACCACACGGGGAACAUUAAGCCCCGACAUAAAAAAGCAUUGUAUGUCGAUGCUGACAUCGACAUGCAAUGGCCUCUGAGAGGCCAUCGUAUGUCGAUUUGAUCAUAUGUCGGGGCCAUCGUAGGUCGGGGGGUCACUGUAUUGCAGACGUGGCCUGAACACAGUCUUAGGGUGCACGUUUUCACUGUACGGGUGCCGGAUCCGGCUGGAGGAGGGGAAAACCAUGCGCUCCCGUACCCCAUCUGGACCGGCGCUGAAAUCCAUUGACUUUAAUGAGCCGACCAGAGUCACCGUUUUACUCCGGUCGGCUAAUUUUUGACCCGUAUCCGGCUUUCUGACUGGACCUAUAAACGUAGUAUACUACGUUUUUAGGUCCGGUGAGAAAACCGCAUACAGGUCAAAAACAAGCCGACCAGAGUAAAACGAUGACUCCGGCCAGCUCAUUCCCCUCCCACAGCCGGAUCCGGUACCCGUACAGUGAAAACGGGGUGUGCAUGCACCCUCAGUCUUAUAGAGUUAAAACACCCUGAUGAACAGUACAUGCAAAAUGUUUUUCCUAUUUGUCAAAUAUAUUUGUAUCUAUUCAUUUUUCAUUCAAAUCAAUACAUAUACUUACUGUAUGUGCGUAUAUAUUGUUACUUUAUCAGGUUUCAUAUUUGUCUUUUAUGUUUAAUUUUACAUUAGUUUGUACGGUAACCAUGUGUCUAGAGAGUUGCCUGUAUAUUCCUACAGACAGUAAAAAAAAAACAGCCAUUUUAUAAGUAAAGCCAUGACAGUAUGGCCUAAGCAUGAUUAAUUAUCUACAUGUAAAGUGUUACUGUAUGAACUCCCAUGAAAUGUGAAAUGCUUUAUAACAUGGUGAUAAACUGUCAGAUAUUCCCUGAACACUCCAGAUGCAAACAUUUAUGUCAUGAAUAAUUUGUCACUUCAAUGUACAUAGCAAUCUGUAAUACAAUCAUC